GGAAUGCAGCAGCGCAGCAGGUGUUAUGGAUCUGCAGUUUUUCCUGUGCUGGAGAGUUGCCCCACUGUUCCUCUUGAUGCCCUGCGGUCUCCACUGUAUGUCCGUGCGCAUCCUGGACGAAGAGCCGGUGCACGUGAUCCCCGGCUCCAGCCUGGUCCUGAGAGCCCGGAUCGAGCAUGGACCCCUGGAAGGGGUCUCCAUGGUAACCUGGGCGCGGGAGGCUGAAACUGGAGCCUCGGCGGCGAGAGUGACACUGGCCACGUGCCCUGGCAGAGGCCUCAAGUGCGCUGGUACCAAGCCAAGCGUCCGUGUGAACACAGAGCAGCAGGAGACGACACUUCAGAUUAAUGAAUACAGCAGAGCGGACAGCGGCGUGUACGCUGUGACUGUGAGAGAUCUCACCGGAGCAGAGACCACUGCACACUGCAUCGUCAGGGAAUAUGAGGCAGUCCAUCAUGUCUCCGUCAGCAUCAACGUGUCUCACUCCUCGCUGGUUUGUGGCGAGGCCUGGGGGACCGACCCCAGCUUCAGCUGGCUCCACGAGAGAGCCGCCAUCAGCCAGACGGUGGGGAAAGUCUCCAAAGAUGGGACCACGUUGGUUGUGACCAUGACGCCGAUCUGUGGCCACUUCACCUGCAUGGUUAGCAACAAGCUAGGCUACAGCUCUGCCACGUACACUGCAGCGCCCUGUGAGACGGAGGGCAGAGGGACGACAGCGGCUGUGGUCUGCCUUGUCUUCUUGCUGCUGCUGUUUGGAGGAGUGCUGGCAUUUCUGCUAUGGAGGAGGCACAGGCAAAAUAACAGAGGAGAAAGGCUGCACGAACAUUUAGACGACACCAUCUAAAGAAAGCAAACAAGGCCUGAGCUACACCUUCUGUGACUGAGAGUUUUCCAAGAAGAGAACAGGAAACAGACUGGAGCAUGAGGGAGGACCUUCCUGUCCAGUGAGCAGUAUGACCUUACCGUGCAUUGGAACAAUGUGAAGAGUGAACUGCUUUCUGACAAAUGGGGGGAAAAAAAAAAAAUCCAAACGUGGAGAUUUGGCUUUAGAUUCCAGCAUUGUCUUUACAGCGCCUCCUGCUGGGCUUCACUUGAAACUGUGUAUGUUACUCAGUUGUAUUGAAAUGUGCUGUCCGUAUCGCACACAAAUCCCUGCUCAUAAUGUGACAGCAACACACGGAUUCAACAUUUCACAGAUAGACUUGUUUGAGUUUUAAGGGACGCUCCCAUACAGAUGGCGCUGUGAGCAUAGUUACAUUUCUUUCUUAUCUUCUACAGCUGUUCAUAUUUAGUCUCUUCCUGUCAUCCAUGCAUGUUCACAGUGUGCAGCCUUAAACUUUAAUAAAAGACGGGAUAUGAGGUCUAACUGAGCAGUGAAUACAAGUACAACCAAUGGAAA